AUGGGCUGUCACUUCUCUCGCACAUCGUCCACCGAAGACAUCCGUAAAAACAUGGAGAAAGAGAGAGAGCCAGUGGUAAAGAAAGCAGUUCCAGCUAGCCGGGCACCAGCUCAGGAGCUUCGUAGCGCCAACAACGGCAAUGUCUUACAAAUUGCUGGAAAGCCAAUCAUUGAGGUAGAAAGCGCGAGCCAGGCUGACUUCUUCCGUAUGUUGGACGACAAGAUCAACAGGGGAAAAGGUGGAGAUUCCGAUGAGGAUUGA